AUGGCGCGUAACAGCGAGAAAGCACAGUCGAUGCUAUUUCGCUUCCGAGCGGCACAAGCAGCUGAUCUCGGAAUUCUUGAUAUUGGACGCACCCGCCGCCCUAAGGCUAUUACACAAAUUGACUCCAUCCCGACUGCCGAGAAAUGGCGAGGCCAGGUGCUGAAAGAAAUUUCCCGGAAAGUGGCAAGGAUACAAGACUCCAGUCUGAGCGACUACCAGAUUCGGGAUCUCAACGACGAGAUCAACAAGCUUUUCAAGGAAAAAUGGAUGUGGGAGAUGCAAAUACGGAAUCUAGGAGGGCCUAAUUAUAUGCGUGGCGGUGGGAGAGUAUACGAUGACGAAGGGCGAGAAAUACCCGGUGGCGGGAAGGGUUACAAAUAUUUUGGGCGGGCACGAGAAUUGCCUGGAGUCAAGGAAAUGUUUGAAGCUGCUGCCAGGAAAACAAGACCAGAAGAAGAUGAUGAAACGGGCAGUGGGAAAAGAGCGGCUGACAUGCUCCGAAAACAUGUUGAUGCGGCAUACUUUGGAUAUGGGCGGGAUGAAGAAGAUGGUACUUUGUUGGCAUACGAACAAAAACGUGAAAAGGAAGCAAUCGAUAGUAUGAUUAGCCAUGGCGAGGAUGACAAAGAAGACGGCUGGGAACCUUUACCUGGAGACGCUGGCGAUGGAGUUGAAUGGAGGCUACCAACACUUGAGGAAGUACAAGCAGAGCUUAUUGAGAGGAGACGUCGAAGACUGCUGGACAAGAUUUCCUAA